GGCGCCACGUCCCCUGCGGCGGCCGGAGCGCGACCCGCUGGGCUUGGGCGCUCGGUAACUAUGGCCUUUACCCUGUACUCGCUGCUGCAGGCGGCCCUGCUGUGCGUCAACGCCAUCGCGGUGCUCCACGAAGAACGCUUCCUCAAGAACAUUGGCUGGGGAACAGACCAGGGAAUUGGUGGAUUCGGAGAGGAGCCAGGAAUUAAGUCUCAGCUAAUGAACCUGAUUCGAUCUGUAAGAACUGUGAUGAGAGUGCCAUUGAUAAUAGUAAACUCAGUUGUAAUUGUAUUACUUUUAUUGUUUGGGUGAAGAUCAGUAGGGGAAAUGGAGACUCAGAGGAAGAGAUGCCACCAGAAGUGAUUACUUCCAUCAUCAUUGGAAUAUAUACAUCUUAACUGGUCAUCCUUGCACUUGAAAAAAAUGUAAAACUGACAAUAAAACAAGAGUCCCUAUUUAUCUGAUUUUUUAAAUGUUGCAAUUAAAAUAUCAUUACAGAAAGAUCAGAUCAUCAGAGGUAGUAGCUAUCCAGGAUUGGAAUACAUUUGAUUGCUGACUAUUAAUAAAAGUUCAUGCUAUGGGGAACAUUAUUAAAGGGCAUAGGACUGUCACUUCUCUGUUUUUUAGAGAUUUUCUCUCAGUUCUCAGGGAUAAAUUUUUUUUCAAAGUUUUGAAGUUUCUUGUGACUAUAAUGGAAAGAGUGAUUAUCCUUCUAGAUAAAAUUUAAAGGAUUUUUAAAAAGUAUUUACAACACAUAAAAUGAUAAAUACAUAAUUUGGAUAAUUUUAUUUUGAAUUCCUUGGUUAAAUGUUUUGUUGAUAUGUUGUCUUAGCUAUGAAAAAUUCAAAUUUCUAGUAAAGAUAGUAAAUAACUAUACUCUGAUUUCAUAACUAUACUCUGAUUUUAGAGAGAAUUUUAUAGCUGUUAGAUAGUCACAUGAUGAUAGUGAUUGUGAUUUUGUUUAAAGUUCUUUUCAUGCACUUGCUAUUUUAUUAAUUGGCCUGAUAGGACCAAACCAGUAUCUGCGUAUUUUCAUUGGUAGAAAAAUCUAUCUAAAAAAGUCUAUGCCCUUUUUAUAGUGAUGACUUUUUAAAAUCAGCAUAAAUAUUAUCCUUCAAGAUUCAUAAAUAAUCACAAUGAAACUAUUAUAUGACUUAGAAAAAUUUUAUUGUAAAGCAAGUAUCUCUCCAAAUCACCACAUAUCCAUUUCUUGGAGACAUAAAGACAUUAAGUAAGGGUGUGAAUUUUUUUUUUUUUAAUUCUUCAGUCUAUCACUAAAGCAUUCAUGCUGAACAAGUUUUGUUGUUUUUUUGGUCUCAGAUCAUCCUAUAUAUGCUUUUUUCAUAAUAUUCUUUUAUGCAGAAAGAUUAUAUGUAAAUGUUUUUUCUGGAAAUUGACAGUUUUAAUAUUUUAAGGGGGGGUGAAAUGACAUCUUUGUUUAUAGAACAUUUGUAAAUAAAAUAAAUGUAAGUCAAGCAUUUGUUUUUGUACCUGAGAAUAUACCUGUCAGUGUUAACUGAAUUAAUCUCAUUUGUAUGUAAAUUUCUUGUGUUUUUUGUGGUUGAAUCACUGAACACAGAUUUAAUGAAAGUAAGCAUUCACUUCAUUUUUUCAAGGAAUUAACAAUUGCUGACAUAUAUCAAGAAGACUCGUGAACAACUUUUGUUCUAUGAUUUAAGUUACUCCUAAAACUUUGGAGCCUUGUCUGAAUUAGAAAUGGAUCAUUUCUGGGCCACUGGAUUGCAGCUUAACCAAAGAAAUAUACCAGGGAUUCUUCUUAGUUGAUUACUUGGCUAAUGUGAGUAACAUAUUUGGCACUUAGAGGUCAAAUAUUCUUUUUGGCCUUACAAAGAACUGGACAUGAGUCCAGGUUUAAGUUACUGAACAAAUUCAAAAGAAGCAAUUAGUUGAGGGCACUUCUCCACAAUUUGAAACAGAAAGCAAAGAAAGGCCUUAGUUAGAUGCCAUUUUCUUGUAAGAAAAUGAGAACACAUGGUAUUUAGUGUCAGCGUACCCUUCACCCACCCCUGGAAAGAAGUCAGAGCAGGGCAGGUUCAGCGUAUUCUGUAGGAAAGUGGUUUUAAGAAAAGUGAAGUAUUGGACAUCAAAAUAUUUCCUCUCUGAAGACCAUCUACAUAGUUCUAGCUUUACUGUGCCUGAAGGGAAGUAUGUAGGUUUCGCAGGUUAACCUUGUUUCCCCCAGAGCAGUUGUGAUUCAGUGACCAUAGGACGCGUUAACUUAAGUGUAUGCUUGCCUGCCCAUAUCAUCCCCCUUAGCCAUUCUCAGGAUUAAUAAUUUGUGAUCAUUUUAGACUCCAAAUAUCCAUGAUGUUUAUGGUCCUUACACAUGCUGAUGCUACUCUGUAUGCUGCUCAUCUGUUGUGUAGAUUACCCAAAUCAUACCUUAAUCUUUAAUCUAGUACAGUAGUUUUCAAACUUCAAUUGUUAAUAGCAAAAUCAGACUUUCAAAGGAAUAACCAGAACUGUAAUGCACCAAUAUCUAAAAUGGAUGGGUCGUGCCCAUUCGUUCUUUGAUUUUUACCAGAAGUAGGGCUAGGUCCCACUGUUCAGCCUUCAUCCCCCUUGUCAAAAUUUCUAAGGCACUUCCACAAUACCCUGUGUUUUAAACAUGGCUUGACUAUUGUUUGUAAAAUCCCUGCUUUAGAUAGAACAAGCAGUGUGAUAUGUGCUCUAGGCAUAUGUAAUCACGUGUAUAUAUGUACUUAUGAAAUGAUUUGAGAGAAAGCCAUUUCAGUAAAGAGGAGGCAGGCUGUUCCUGAUAUAGCAAGCAAAAUCUUUUAUCAUGUGACUUAAAUUUCCUAAGACAGUUGGUUGCCUCAUCUAGAAAACUGUUCAAUAACUUUCAGAAAACAAUCUGGGCCAAAUAGUUAUAUAUAUUUAUGUAUAUAAUCUUUUCCAGGUCAGCUUUUGAUUCUAGAUGUACCUCACUCAAAGACAUGUUCAGAAAUAAAAUGUUUUUGGUGACAAAAAAAUCACUUUCUGUUUGACUUACAGCUUCAAAGUUAUCAAUAAUAAAAUGUUGUUAUUAAGCAAAAUGAAAGCCUUUUUGCUAAAAUU